UACCAGCAUUAUCUUUGUAGGACCAGUUGGACCAGCACUCAUUUCCAACUGAAGAGCAGAGCAGCAACAAGGUGUGUCAGCUUCUCACUGCAGUCAUGACCGAAUCCUUUGAAAAGGCAGCGGAGGAGGUGAAGUACAUAGGGAAACCACUACAACCUGUUGAAAUGGCCGAGCUGUAUGGUUUCUACAAACAAGCCACGGUUGGUGAUGUUAACACUGAACGUCCAGGGAUGUUGGACCUGGCAGGAAAAGCAAAAUGGGAUGCUUGGUUUGCAAAGAAAGGUCUGACCAGGGAGAAGGCAAUGGCUGAAUAUGUGACAUUCGUGGACCGUCUCAAGGAAAAAUAUGGAAUGAGUUAAACAAGUCACCCAUUUGUUUACUACAUUUGUUCUUACUUCAAAAUAGAACAGAUGUAGAACUUAUCUGACAUGUUGCUGCAAUAUUUAAGUAUACAUGCUCUAGAGCGAUGCUAAUUUGAUUCAUUUCCGGCAUUUAAAGGAACAGGUCAUCAUUUUGCGAACUUUAAGUUUUCUUGCUGAAAGCAUGUUUGUAUGUGUGUCUGCUGGUUAUAAAGCCAAAGCCAGCAGGCAUUUAGCUUACCUUUGCAUUAAAAGUUGAGGUGGAGGAAACAGCUAGUCCAUCCAUCCAUCAUCUAUACAUCGCUUAAUCCUCAUUCGGGUCGCGGGGGGGGGGGGGGGGCUGGAGCCUAUCCCAGCUGACUUAGGGCGAAGGCAGGGGACACCCUGGACAGGUUGCCAGUCAGGAAACAGCUAGUCACAAGGUUAAUCUGUGUUUCCCCUGUAAGCCCUGUUGGUGCAACCAGCCCCCAUUGGCUCUUGAUUGAUAUUUAGCAUACAGACAUCAAGGUGUCAUCAAUUUACUUGUUUCUCACAAAAACCAGCAAACAAGUACAUUUCCUAAAAUUCUGAACUAUUCCUUUAAACGCGGACACACUCAGAGCAUCUGUAUACAUGACUACUGGCAAAAAUAAAGACUUGUUCUUAAGA